AUGGACACCCGGGAUGUUGCAGGAAAGGCUAACCGAUGGUUUGGGGUUGCUCCUCCCAAGUCUGGAAAAAUGAACAUGAAUAUUCUUCACCAAGAAGAGCUUAUUGCUCAGAAGAAACGGGAAAUUGAAGCCAAAAUGGAGCAGAAAGCCAAACAGAAUCAAAUGGUCAGCCCUCAUUGCCCAUAUCUUGGCGAAAUGGUGAAUUCCCACAACUCCUCUGUUUCCAACAAGUUCGCCAACGACGGCAGCUUCCUGCAGCAGUUUCUGAAGCUGCAGAAGGCACAAAACAACACAGAUGCUGCCCCCAGUGCACCUAGUGCUCCCCCUCGUGUGCUCCCCCGGACUGGGAAGAGGCCCCCCCUCAUCAGCAGCCCACCAGGGCAGGUGAAGAACUACAUGCAUGCCAAGCAACUGCCUGUGGCCAGCCGCCCAAGUGUCUUCCAGUCUCCUGAUGAAGAUGAAGAAGAGGAUUAUGAGCAAUGGUUGGAGAUAAAAGUUUCACCCCCAGAGGGAGCCGAGACUCGGAAAGUGAUAGAGAAAUUGGCCCGCUUUGUGGCAGAAGGAGGCCCAGAAUUAGAAAAGCUAGCUAUGGAGAACUACAAGGAUAAUCCAGCACUUUCGUUUUUGCAUGAUAAGAAUAGCAGGGAAUUCCUCUACUACAGAAAGAAGGUAGCCGAGAUAAAAAAGGAGGCACAGAAGUUACAGGCAGCCUCUCAGAAAGUUUCACCCCCAGAGGAUGAAGAGGUCAAGAACCUUGCAGAAAAAUUGGCCAGGUUCAUAGCAGAUGGGGGUCCAGAGGUGGAAACCAUUGCCCUCCAGAACAAUCGUGAGAACCAGGCAUUCAGCUUUCUAUAUGAACCCAAUAGCCAAGGGUACAAAUAUUAUCGUCAGAAACUGGAGGAGUUCCGGAAAGCCAAAGCCAGCUCCACAGCCACCCCCACAGCAACUGACCUUGGUCUGAAGCACAAAUCCCCUCCUGAAACCCUGUCGGAGUCCAUGCCCCCCACUGCUGCCUGCCCUGUCUCAUCUGCAUCCUCACCCUUACCCACUGUCACCCCGGUUGCUGCCACUCCUGGAAAGCCUGCCACCACAGCCACCACAGCCACCACAGCCACCACAGCCACCGUGAAGAGGAAGCGGAAGAGUCGGUGGGGGCCCGAAGAGGACAAGGUGGAGCUCCCGCCCGCCGAGCUGGUGCAAAGGGAUGUGGACACCUCUCCCUCACCUUUGUCAGUUCAGGACCUCAAGGGGCUUGGCUAUGAGAAGGGAAAACCAGUAGGUCUGGUGGGUGUCACAGAGCUCUCAGACGCUCAGAAGAAGCAGCUGAAAGAACAACAGGAGAUGCAACAGAUGUAUGACAUGAUCAUGCAGCACAAGCGAGCGAUGCAAGACAUGCAGCUGCUGUGGGAGAAGGCACUGCAGCAACACCAACACGGCUAUGACAGUGAUGAGGAGGUGGACAGUGAACUGGGCACCUGGGAACACCAACUGCGGCGCAUGGAGAUGGACAAGACUCGGGAGUGGGCUGAGCAGCUGACCAAGAUGGGCCGGGGGAAACACUUCAUUGGAGACUUCCUGCCACCAGACGAGUUGGAAAAGUUCAUGGAGACUUUCAAGGCCCUGAAGGAGGGCCGAGAACCUGACUACUCAGAGUACAAGGAGUUCAAGCUGACAGUGGAGAACAUUGGCUACCAAAUGCUGAUGAAGAUGGGCUGGAAGGAGGGUGAAGGGCUGGGUUCAGAUGGCCAGGGCAUCAAGAACCCUGUCAACAAGGGCACUACCACAGUGGAUGGCGCCGGCUUCGGCAUUGACCGGCCAGCCGAGCUCUCCAAGGAAGAUGACGAGUAUGAGGCCUUCCGCAAGAGGAUGAUGCUGGCCUACCGCUUUCGGCCCAACCCCCUGAACAACCCUAGGCGGCCUUACUACUGAGUGUUGUGGAGAGACACCAACAUAUUUCAAGCACCCGGCAUCCCUGGACUGUGGAAUGUUCCGGCCUGCAUUUCUGCCUGCCCUUCCGUUGUUGCCAGUGUUGUGCCGUGUAUUAAAAGUCCCAGUGCUUGCCCACUUAGGCGGCCUGGUAUUGCCAUCACCA